AUCUCCUUCUCCAUAUUCAUCUCCUCUUACUUAGCGUCUCCAUCGUUUCUUCUGCAACUUCCUCCAUGGCGGAGAAGCAAGCCCACCUCAACGGCGGCUACUAUGGCCCCGCUGUGCCCCCCAAGCAGAACUCCUACCUCCGCCCUGGCCGCAGCAGGGGCUGUGCCUGUGGCUGUGGCUUCUGCCUCCUCAAGCUCAUCUUCAACAUCGUCAUCACCGUGGUCCUCACUGUCGGCCUCCUCGCCCUCCUCUUCUGGCUCAUCUUCCGCCCCAACCUCGUCAAGUUCCACGUCACCAAUGCUGAGCUCACCCAGUUCAACUUCACCACCACCAACAACCUCAGCUACAACCUCAAGCUCAACCUCACCAUCCGGAACCCGAACCGUCGCAUUGGGAUCUACUACGACCAGAUCGAGGCGCGGGUAUUAUAUGGGGGCCAGCGCUUGGCCUCCGAUUACCUGACCCCGUUCUAUCAGGGCCACAAGAACACGACGACACUCAGUGCCGCGUUCCAGGGCCAGCAGCUGGUGGCACUUGGCACGAGCGAGCAAUCCGAUUUCAACUCUGAGAAGGCGACUGGUGUCUACGACAUCGAUAUGAAGCUGUACCUGAGGGUGCGGUUCAAGCUUGGCAAGAUCAAGACGUUCCGCAUCAAGCCGAGGGUCAAGUGUGGGUUGAAGGUCCCUCUGAGCUCAUUGGGGUCAGCCGCCGCCACCUUCCAGACCGAGAAGUGCGACAUCGACUGGAGGAUCUUUAGAUGAUCAUUCUAUGGUUGAUGUAUUGAUUUUUCUUGGGGUCACUAGUUUUUGGUCAUGUUGAUACCAUCGCUUGCGUUAUUCUUUCAUUAACGGCACAUUAGGACGUUUGUUAUGGCUGUUGCCUCUAUGUUUCUGGUAUAUACAGAUACAUACUUGUAUUGAUGUUCAUGCUUUCGUAUAUAAAUAAGGAACUCGCUGAGUUUGAUUUUUAUA